AUGGCAUCUUCAUCCGAGAACCUAUACACGUACUACGUGCCAUCCAAAGCAGCAGCUAUUGUCGUCGCAAUUAUAUUCAUUAUUUUGACAGCGCUACAUCUAUGGAGAAUCUUUGCAACGCGAAAAUGGUUUGGAUUUGCCCUGGUGACUGGUGGCUUUUUUGAAAUUAUCGGUCUUCUGGCUAGAUUCUACUCCUCAAGUCAUCUCUCCGAGAAGGGGCCCUACAUUGUUCAGAUCCUUCUCAUCCUCCUCGCGCCAAUUCUAUUCGCAGCUGGAAUUUACAUGUUCCUCGGUCGUUUGAUUCGUGGAUCGGGCCAUCCAAAGCUAUCGUUCAUUCGAAUCAAUUGGCUCACAAAGAUCUUUGUCAUUGGCGAUAUCCUCUGCUUUUUCAUUCAAGCAGCUGGAGCCGGCAAAUUAGUGAAUGCAGACACUUCAGACUCAGUCGAUACCGCACAGAAUAUCAUAUUGGUCGGCCUCGCUCUUCAGGUCGUAUUCUUCUGCGUUUUUGCUAUCUGUGCCGUCGUGUUCCAUAUUAGAGCUCACCGGAACCACAUUUUCAAGUUAAUUGAUCCAAGCCUCCGGCUAGAACUUAUGCUCUACCUUUUAUACCUUUGCAGUCUGCUGGUCACCGUCCGAAACAUCUAUCGAUUCAUUGAAUAUAAGAGCGGGACCACAGGAUAUCUACAGGAGCAUGAAUGGCCGCAGUAUGGCCUCGACGUGGGCUUGAUGGGAGUGAUUAUGGUUGUUACGGUGCUAUGGUACUCUGCGAAUACUACAAGCGUAGUGUCUAACAACCAAUACCCAUUGGUGGGAGUCAGUGAGUUCCAGUAG